AUGUCGCAACGCGAAAAGGACCAGUCAAGCAAACAAAACGCUGCCAAGUCGCCACCCCAACAUAACCGCGUCUUGCAGGAAAUCACUGGCCCUUUGGUUUUUCAGUGUUUGAAAUGUCGGUUGAUUGUGGGAGAUUCGUUCGCAUUUGUUACAGCAGAUCGUGAAUUGAAUUCAGUCGUGUUAUAUGCAAAACCCCACAAUCUUAGGCUUGGUACUGAUCUAUUAUGGUCAAGAGAAGGCAUUGACGUUGGAAGUACAUUUAAUUUGAUAUAUUGCAUUGAUUGUAAUUCGACAAUCGGGAAAGUAUGGCGUACAACGCCACGUAAAUUCGAUUAUAUUCGUGAUUUGUACUCGUUAAAUCUAGAUCGCGUAAUGAUAUAUCAACUUGGAGAUUUUAUUGAUCCAAAAUCCACGCCGUCAGAUACUCAUACUUUACCGAGUGCUAGGAUGCAACAAAUAUCAAUAAAUAAGCUUAAAGACAUGAUUUUAAUGCUUAAUGAGCGAAUUACAACAAUGGAGCAUGCUCUAAGUAAAUGCGCCAACAUGACAUCGAAUGAUUCUGCGGCAUCCUCAAAUGAAGGAUAA